UCUACAGCAGAAGAGAACAGAAUCGACUUGAAAAGCAGCAGAAAACACUCUCCUAAGGAACCCUCCCUCUCUCUCUCUCUCUCUUUUUCGUAUAUAUAUUCAUCCACAGAAUCAGCUCCUACUUGCUGGUUCUGGAAGAGGUUUCGAAGUUGGAAAGGGUUCGUUGAGAUGGGCAAGGGGUCGAAGAGCGGUGGGUGCAAGUCCGCUUCGCACCAGCUCUUCAAGGAUAGGGCGAAGAACCGCGUGGACGAUCUCCAAGGCAUGUUCACAGAUCUACAGUCGGCGAGAAAGGAGAGCCGUACGAUUGACGUGGCUGUGCUCGAAGAGCAAGUGCAUCAGAUGCUUCGAGAGUGGAAAGCGGAACUUAAUGAGCCCUCCCCAGCAUCUUCUUUGCAGGCUGGGAGUUUGGGGUCUUUUUCCUCUGACAUAUAUCGGCUACUGCAACUCUGUGAGGAAGAAGAUGAUGCUACCAGCGCAUUAGCUGCUCCAAAGCCUGAACCUGAUGCCCAAAAAGUUGGGGAUGGUACCGGCUUUCAAGAGGGCUGUCGUGCAAAUCAUGUGCCCCACGGACAAGAUUUCCAGCUUCUUGAUCAAUGCAAAGGCUCCCCUUCAGUAGUUCAGAACAUGGGGGUUAAUAGCUUGGGUUAUCCCUCACAGCUGGACUAUCAUGCUUAUGAUUUACAUCCAGACCUUGAGCAGAACUUCUUUUCUGGGAUUGAAGGUACAGGCAUGUAUGGAGAGGAUUCUAUGCAUCAGAUGUCUGGCUUUUUGCCAAACAUUUGCCCUCCACCUUCUGCUUUCUUGGGGCCAAAAUGUGCACUUUGGGAUUGUCCCAGGCCAGCGCAAGGAUUGGAUUGGUGUCAAGAUUACUGUAGUAGUUUUCAUGCAGCACUUGCAUUCAAUGAAGGACCACCUGGUAUGACCCCUGUUCUGCGCCCUGGGGGGAUUGGCCUGAAGGAUGGUCUGCUUUUUGCUGCUCUUACUGCAAAAGCCCACGCAAAAGAUGUUGGUAUUCCUGAAUGUGAGGGAGCUGCAACUGCGAAAUCGCCAUGGAAUGCUUCUGAGCUUUUUGAUCUUACUGUUCUUGAAGGAGAAACAAUUAGGGAGUGGCUCUUUUUUGACAAGCCUCGAAGAGCAUUUGAGAGUGGGAAUAGAAAGCAACGAUCACUGCCAGAUUAUAAUGGGCGUGGCUGGCAUGAGUCAAGGAAGCAAGUGAUGAAUGAAUAUGGAGGGCUUAAGAGAUCUUAUUAUAUGGAUCCACAACCAAGGCGAGAUUUUGAGUGGCACCUGUAUGAAUAUGAAAUCUACAAAUAUGAUGCAUGCGCCUUGUAUAGGUUGGAAUACAAGCUUGUUGAUGGGAAGAAGAGCACAAAAGGUAAAAUAGCAACCGACUCAGUUGCUGAUCUGCAGAAACAGAUGGGAAGGCUCAUUGCUGAGUUUCCCUCAGACAACAAGAGGUCUGUGAAGGGGAGGAUGAAGGCUGCCCAGAAGGAUGGUGUCGGGAAUAUUUAUUCUACUCCUAACCGGAUGGCACCGUCCAAUGAGGGGUUUGAUUAUGGAACAGGUGCACCCUAUGACUAUCUUGUUGACAACUUGAAUGGCUACUACUUAACGUAGUUAAAGAAACUCAGAUGCAGAAGGAAUAAGCAACAUCUCCCCGAGCCUAGUAGUGUACAUCAAAAAAUUGAUUUAACUGUGGCCCUUGGGCUAUCACAUGAGUCAAUGUUUUCAACUCCAUAUGAUGCAGUUUUCAGUCUCUUAGUAACCCAAUCAUGUUUUUGUCACAUGGGGAUCCUAUGUAUAGUUGAUUGUCCUGGAGCUGCAGCCCUAGCUAAAGUCUCUUUUAGCUGAUGGAGCGUGAUGUUCUAACUGCCUGAAGUUGUUCUGCAAAUGACGAAAUUGCAGUUUUAUGUUAUUUUCUUAACCAUUGGUGUCUCUGUGAAGUUCAUGGACCAUCUAAGUGACAGCAUAAUUGUUCUAUAGGGAUCAAUAUUACAAGUUUUAAGACUUUGAUCAAAUAGUUCAUGAUCA